AUGUUUGUAAAGGUGAGAUGUAGAUAAAGGAGAGGAUCAUAAAGUGAGUGCUUACGCAGAAGUAUAUAUCUUCUUCUUUCUAGAGAUACAGACAAAAGUUUUCCAGUCGAUUCGACUUUACGUUUACUCGUAAAAGUAAAUGAAAUGGAAGUGUGCGUAGGAAUGUAAUAAUUAUCUGCAAUUUAAUUAUUACCUGUUAUAUUUCUGUAUGCAAUGAAUAAGUACCUCGUUUCGAGAAAUCAUAUUCAGAUAAAUAUUGCAAAGUUUGUCAUAGAGUCUGGUACUCGGGUCGAUUGACGAUGUAGCAAUAAUAUUCAAUGUUCUUGUAAUUUUCAAACAGUAGGUUUAAUUUAUUUAUAUGAAUUUUCUAGUUAGACUGGGACUCAUGACUUACAAAUUACUUAAUAAACAUUGGCAGCAGCACUUGAUUAUUUCUCAUUACAAGCUAGCUGCUGGAUUACUUAGAUGCCCUUUCUUUUUACAAUAG